AUGCUACCUAAUUCCCCUAAAUCACUUACGCACGAGAGUGGUGUCUUGGUCAAUCACGACCACGACAACUCGACUGAUUCGAGUGCGAGCACCAACGACGCCUCUACAGAAGCAGAACCAGCUGUCCAAGUGUGCGAGUUGGCCCGCAAGUUUACCAAUCAGUCUGUGCAGUCUCAUCACCAAAACCCUUUCACGGCCGAAAAGGGCAGCCGCCUCGAUCCUGCGAGUGACAACUUCAGCGCCAAAGACUGGGCCAGGGCAUUCUACAACGUUAGAUAUAAUGCAGACCAGGCAGCCCCUUCUCGGGUUGCUGGUGUUGCUUUCAAGAAUCUGAAUGUCGUGGGUACGGGCUCGCCGACCGACUUUCAAAGCAGUGUUGGAAAUGCCAUUCUCAAGUUCCCAGCAAUGUUCGGGCGCGGGCAAUCUCGCAUCCAGAUUCUUCGCAACAUGGAUGGUCUAAUCUUGCCCGGAGAGCAGUUGUGUGUGCUAGGUCCUCCAGGGAGUGGAUGUUCCACGCUACUCAAAACAAUUGCUGGCGAUACAUACGGCUUUACUGUUGAGUCACAGUCUCUGCUGAACUACCAAGGCAUUGCUCCUAAGGAAAUGUCGACUGCUUACAAAGGUGAAGCUAUUUACACUGCCGAAGUUGAUAACCACUUCCCUGAGGUCACUGUCGGAGACACGCUAUACUUUGCUGCCCUUGCUAGAACUCCACGACAUAUUCCUGGUAAUGUGUCGCGUGAGGAGUAUGCCUGCCAUCUUCGCGACGUCAUUAUGGCUAUGUUCGGUAUUAGCCAUACCCGUAACACGCGUGUUGGUAACGACUUCGUUCGCGGUGUCAGCGGUGGCGAGAGAAAGCGAGUCACAAUUGCUGAAGCUGCUUUAUCGUACGCACCACUGCAGUGCUGGGAUAAUAGCACUCGUGGCCUAGACUCCGCUAAUGCUGUCGAGUUCUGCAAGACUCUUCGAACCCAAUGCGACGUCUUUGGAAGCACGGCUCUAGUCGCUAUCUAUCAGAGUCCUCAAGCUGCGUACGACCUCUUUGACAAGGUCACUGUCUUAUACCAAGGUCGACAAAUCUUCUUCGGAAGCACACGAGAUGCAAAGGCUUAUUUCGAGGCCAUGGGAUUCGAAUGUCCAGAAAGUCAGACAACGCCAGACUUCCUUACCAGUAUGACCAGUGCGUCUGAACGUGUCGUCAAGAAUGGCUUUGAGAAUAUGGUUCCUCGGACAUCAGAAGAGUUUGCGCAGAGAUGGAAAAACAGUGCCGAGAGAGCGACGCUGCUUGCCCAAAUAGAUGCAUAUAACCAAGCCCAUCCAUUCCAUGGACACGAUGCGCAGACCUUUGCUGCGGCAAGGAAGCUGGAGAAGUCAAAGAAUCAGCGCGGAAACUCCCCUUAUACACUCUCCUACUGGGGUCAAGUUAAACUCUGUAUGUGGAGAGAGGUCCUGAAGCUCCGUAACGAUCCCAGUAUCUUAAUCGCCAUGGUCAUCAACAAUUUCUUCGAAGCUCUGAUUUUGGCCAGCAUCUUCUAUAACCUCAAGUCAACUACAGCAUCGUUCUACAAUCGUGGAGCAGUCAUCUUCAUGAUGGUGUUGCUCAAUGGAUUUGGGUCUAUGAUAGAGAUCAUGUCUCUCUACGCGAAACGCAACGUGGUCGAAAAGCAUAAUCGUUACGCGCUCUAUCAUCCUAGCGCCGAGUCACUUGCGUCCAUGAUUGUGGAUUUGCCUAACAAGCUCGUCAACGCUCUGUUAAUGAACCUCACAUUAUACUUCAUGUCCAACCUGCGGCGCGAUCCCGGUCAUUUCUUUUUCUUUUUCCUAGUCUCUUUCACUAUGACUCUAGCUAUGAGCGCCUUCUUCCGUUUCUUCGCGUCGAUAACGAAAACGAUCUCUCAAGCCCUCGCGCCGUCUUCUGUCAUCCUCCUAGUCCUCAUUCUUUAUACCGGCUUCGCGCUCCCUGUCAAGUAUAUGCGUGGAUGGAUCUCGUGGAUACGGUGGUUGAACCCCAUUUCGUACGGAUUUGAAUCUGCCAUGAUCAAUGAGUUUGACGGCAGGAAGUUUGAGUGUGCAUCGUACGUACCGUCUGGACCUGCAUACAUGGACAUCCGCCCGGACCAGCGAGCAUGUUCUGUCAAAGGAUCUGUUCCCGGUGAGUCCAUGGUUAGCGGAAAUGCCUAUCUCCAGACUGCCUUCUCGUACGACCCUAGUAACAAGUGGCGCAACUUUGGCAUCAUUGUCGCCAUGACUAUCUUCUUGUACGCACUGCAGUUGUGGAUGUCCGAGGUCGUGGCUUCUGAGCGUUCCAAAGGAGAGGUGCUAGUGUUCCGACGGGGCAAAAUGCAGCAGGCCCAAAACAAGGCUUUGCAGACAGACGAAGAGACCGGACCAGCUGCAGCUGUACUGGCCGAGAAAAACGACAGUUCAACAUCUGCCGACCUAAUGGUACAAAAGCAUACUUCUAUAUUCCAUUGGGAGGACGUUUGCUACGAGGUUCAAAUCAAGAAAGAGCCGCGUGUCAUUUUGGAUCACGUUGACGGCUGGAUCAAACCCGGCACUUUGACAGCAUUGAUGGGUGUGUCGGGUGCUGGCAAAACUACGCUACUUGAUGUACUCGCAAGCCGCACGACGACUGGUGUUAUCACGGGCGGGAUGUUCGUAGACGGAAGAGAGCGCGACUCUUCCUUUCAACGCAAGACUGGUUACGUGCAGCAGCAAGACCUGCACCUCCCGACAAGCACGGUCCGUGAGGCUCUUGCUUUUAGCGCUCUUCUACGACAGCCCCCGCAGUAUUCUCGUCAAGAAAAGCUCCAGUACGUGGACCACGUUAUCGAGAUGCUGAACAUGCAACCAUACGCUGAUGCUGUUGUUGGCGUCCCUGGCGAAGGGCUCAAUGUAGAGCAACGUAAGCGUUUGACAAUUGGCGUUGAGCUUGCAGCUCGACCAAAACUUCUUCUUUUCCUCGAUGAGCCCACGUCUGGCCUUGACAGCCAGACUUCUUGGAACAUCUGCAAUUUGAUGGAGAAACUUACAAAGAGCGGCCAGGCUAUCCUAUGCACUAUUCACCAGCCGUCUGCUAUGCUGUUCCAAAGAUUUGAUAGACUCCUUCUGCUUGCGAAAGGUGGCAAAACAGUCUACUUUGGUGAGAUCGGGACCAAUUCUCAAAAGCUCCUUGACUAUUUCCACCGUAAUGGCGGGAAGGGCUGCUUGCCUGGAGUCAAUCCUGCCGAGUACAUGCUAGAGGUUAUAGGUGCUGCUCCUGGUGCACAUACUGAUAUCGAUUGGCCGGCAGUAUGGCGGGAGAGUAAGGAGUACCAAGAGGUUAAAAGUGAACUUGCCCGCCUUAAAGGGCUGGCUAAUGAACCAUCUGCUGUUACUGAGGCAGAUGAAUCAAGCUACAAGGAGUUUGCCAUGCCCUUCACAUCUCAGUUCCUCGAAGUUGGCAAGAGGGUCUUCCAGCAAUACUGGCGGACACCAUCCUACAUCUUCUCGAAGGCCAUUCUUUGCGUCUUCAAUGCUCUGUUCAUUGGCUUCUCGUUUUUCAAGGAAGAGAACACGACCCAAGGCCUCCAGAAUCAGAUGUUCGGAGUCUUCAUAUUUCUCUUCAUCGUAAUCAUCCUCAUCACCCAGAUUUUACCACUUUUUGUAGCCCAGCGAACGAUGUACGAAGCGAGAGAGCGACAAUCCCGUGCCUAUUCUUGGCAAGCUUUCAUCCUCUCGCAAAUCACUGUAGAGCUUGCAUGGAACACGAUCAUGGCCGUGUUGUCCUUUUUUGUAUGGUACUACCCAAUCGGUCUCUACCAGAAUGCCGAAUACACAAACACAGUUCACUCCCGAGGGUUCCUUUCGUUCUUAGUGAUUCUGAGCUCUUUUCUGUUUGCAAGCAGCUUUGGUCACAUGCUGAUUGCUGGACUUGAAUCCGAGGAGAUUGCGUCCUCUAUUGCAACACUCAUCGGCAUCAUGAUGUACGCAUUCUGUGGUAUUCUCGCCGGGCCAACUGCGCUUCCGCGUUUCUGGAUCUUUAUGUACCGCGUCAACCCAUUCACGUAUCUCGUAUCCAGUUUGCUCUCCGCCACGCUUGGCGCUGCUCCAGUCCACUGCGCCGAGGACGAGUUCCAGAGGUUCUUCGCACCAGAAGGACAGACAUGUGGUGAAUAUCUCCAGGACUAUCUCCAAUUGGCUGGCGGCUACGUCCAGAACCUCGAGGCGUCAGGCAACGAGUCUUGUGGUUACUGUGUAAUGCAGAACACCAACCAGUUCUUGACAGGCGUCGGCAUCAGCUAUGAGAAACGUUGGCGAGACUGGGGCAUUCUGUGCAGCUUCAUUGUGUUCAAUAUGGCGGCUGCUAUAUUCCUCUAUUGGUUGGCAAGAGUCCCGAGGAACAAGAAGGUAGAGAAGACAGAACCACCAAAGGCCUUGUAG